AUGAGCCCCUCUGCCAUCGAUACCGCGCCUGCCGCCGGCGGCGUGACCAAGGCGACAAAGAACAACAUUGGCAUCUUCACAAACCCCAAGCACGAUCUAUGGAUCGCUGACGCCGCUCCUUCGCUGGAGAGCGUGCAGAAGGGAGAGGACCUCAAGCCGGGACAGGUCACCAUUGCCAUCAGGAGUACUGGCAUCUGCGGAUCUGAUGUCCACUUCUGGCACGCCGGCUGCAUUGGCCCCAUGAUCGUAAACGGAGAUCACAUUCUCGGUCAUGAGUCCGCGGGCGAGAUUAUCGCCGUUCACCCCGAUGUGACGAGCCUCAAGGUGGGCGACCGCGUCGCCGUCGAGCCCCAGGUCAUCUGCAACGCCUGCGAGCCGUGCCUGACAGGCCGCUACAACGGCUGCGAGGCCGUCGACUUCCUCUCCACCCCGCCCGUCCCGGGUCUGCUGCGGCGGUACGUGAAUCACCCGGCCGUGUGGUGCCACAAGAUCGGCAACAUGUCCUACGAGAACGGCGCCAUGCUCGAGCCCCUCAGCGUCGCCCUCGCCGGCAUGCAGCGCGCCCACAUCACCAUCGGCGACCCGGUGCUGAUCUGCGGCGCCGGCCCCAUCGGCCUCAUCACCCUGCUGUGCGUCAAGGCCGCCGGCGCGUGCCCCAUCGUCAUCACCGACAUCGACGAGGGCCGCCUGGCCUUCGCCAAGGAGGUGUGCCCCUCGGUGAUCACGCACAAGGUCGAGCGGGCGGGGCCCGAGGACGCCGCCAAGGCUGUCGUGAAAUCGUUCGGCGGCGUCGAGCCGGCCGUGGCGAUCGAGUGCACGGGCGUCGAGAGCAGCAUCAACGCGGCCAUCUGGGCGGUCAAGUUCGGCGGCAAGGUGUUUGUCAUUGGCGUCGGCCGCAACCAGAUCAACAUGGAGUUCAUGCGCGCCAGCGUCCGCGAGGUCGACCUGCAGUUCCAGUACCGCUACUCCAACACCUGGCCGCGCGCCAUCCGCCUGGUCGAGAACGGCGUCAUCGACAUGUCCAAGCUCGUCACGCACCGCUUCCAGCUCGAGGAUGCGCUCAAGGCCUUUGACACGGCCGCGGACCCCAAGACGGGCGCCAUCAAGGUCCAGAUCCAGAGCCUGGAUUGA